GGAGGAGAAACUGAGAACUUCCGCAAUCUGUGGAAUUCGCGGCGCAGCUUCGUGUCUCUGCUUCUCACGACUGAAAAGUCUCGGUUUUGGAUUACAGCUCAUCAUGUCUCAGGCUGAUAAAACGAAGGGGCAGUUCACCAACCCGGAGACUCCCGGCUACGUGGGAUUCGCCAACCUGCCCAAUCAGGUUCAUCGUAAAUCAGUGAAGAAGGGCUUUGAGUUCACACUGAUGGUGGUGGGUGAGUCUGGUUUGGGGAAGUCGACUCUGAUUAACAGUCUGUUCCUCACUGAUCUGUACCCAGAGAGGAUCAUCCCUGGGGCCGCAGAGAAGAUCGAGCGCACCGUGCAGAUCGAAGCCUCCACCGUGGAGAUCGAGGAGCGCGGAGUGAAACUGCGACUCACCGUGGUGGACACGCCCGGAUACGGAGACGCCAUCAACAGCCAAGACUGCUUCAACACCAUCAUUGCCUACAUCGACGAUCAGUUCGAGCGUUACCUUCACGACGAGAGCGGCCUGAACCGCAGACAUAUCGUGGAUAAUCGCGUCCACUGCUGCUUCUACUUCAUCUCUCCGCUCGGACACGGCCUGAAGCCGCUGGACGUUCAGUUCAUGAAGGCCAUCCACAACAAGGUGAACGUCGUCCCCGUCAUCGCCAAAGCCGACACGCUCACUCUGAAGGAGCGAGAGAGGCUCAAGCGCAGGAUUUUAGACGAGAUCGACGAGCACGGCAUUAAGAUCUACCACCUGCCCGAUGCCGAGUCGGACGAAGAUGAGGAGUUUAAGGAACAGACGAGGAUUCUGAAGACCAGUAUCCCGUUUGCAGUGGUGGGCUCUAACCAGCAGAUUGAAGCUAAAGGGAAGAAGGUGCGAGGGCGCCUGUACCCGUGGGGUGUGGUGGAGGUGGAGAACCCCGAACACAACGACUUCCUCAAACUGCGCACCAUGCUCAUAACCCACAUGCAGGACCUACAGGAAGUGACUCAGGACCUGCACUACGAGAACUUCCGCUCAGAGCGCCUGAAGCGAGGCGGCAGGUUGUCCUCCCACGGUUACAUUCUGCCUCUUUCGCCUGCUGGCAGGAAGGUGCCGGAGCCAGAGGAAAUGGACAAGGACAUGAUCCUUCUGGAGAAGGAGGCUGAGUUGAGGAGGAUGCAGGAGAUGAUUGCGAAGAUGCAGGCACAGAUGCAGAAGCAGGGUGACGGAGAAGCAGAAGGGCAGCACGUCUAAACCACUCGAGGUGCAGAGCUGUGGAGUGAGAGCCGAUCCGAGACACAGAGAAAGAGAGAGAAGUAGAAGAGAAGAAUAAAAGAGAGACGUGUCUGGUGUCUCGUCACGUCUCGCUGUAUUUUACACUUUCUUAGUUUUUUCUACUCUUCCUUGGGAUAAAAGUUUAGUUAUUAUUAUUAUAAUUAUUAUUAUUUUUUGUAAGCAGUAUUAUUAUUAUUAUUACUUUUUCUGUCUAUCCACAGUGACAUGUACCGAUAUUAGUUACUUGACAAUUGCCUAAACUUCUUUUCACGGUUUACGAUAUUAUCACGAUGUUUUACAUGUCAUCGUAGUUCCUGCUCUUGGUUUCUGUGGGAUUUACGGAAAAAGACGUCCUCGAUGCCACUUUUACAUGUUUAAAGUGUCCACAAUAACAAUUUAGUUUUAAAUUUCGUGAUAUAUAUCGCAUAACUGAUUAUCGGCACAUGAUCACGCAACAAGCUGUUUGUUGUUUCCUCGCACCAAAAUACUGACCUGUGUUACCUGUGUUCAUGAUUUGAAGAGUUGUAAGGGUUUUAAGGGUGUGUUUGGUAAAAGAAGGACAUUCGCCGCUUUAGUUCAAACUGCUAUUAAAAACAGAUUAGCUAUUAAAUUAAACUAGCUAAUGGUGAAAUUAUUUACAUUAUUCACAGAAACGUUAAUUCCACAGCACUCAACGUUGUUGGCCAUUUUGAAUUUUUUCAGAAAUGUGUUUAACGAUACAGAAAUUUAUCUUAAAAAUGUCUAAAAAAGUAGUAUCUCUUAGGCCAUGCCCUUAAGAGACAGUAGUACCACUUAGGCCACGCCCAUAAGACAGUAGUAACACUUAGGCUACACCCAUAAGAGACGGUAGUACCUGUACCAGCUUGUGCAACCUGCUCACUCUAGCUAGUAUCAGCUAAGUAACUAGCCUAGCUCAUGCUGUAGAUUACAUUUAUUAUUCUUAGUAAUGCCAAACAGUUAUUUUAGCUACAUUAACACUGGAAAUUGGAGACUCUGCAAGUCGUAAGACUCAUCUUCGACUCAUUUUGUCCUCCAUGUUUGAUUUUCACGUCCCCCGAAAAAAAACAUUUGACCUGAUGUAUCUCAGCCCUUUUCUGAAAAGAUCAACUUGUCAAACUUUUGGAAGCUGUAGGAAAAAGCUGCUGAUGGCCGUGCACAGCCUUACAGCCACCUUCAGAAUAUCUAGUGUCUGAUGCAGAGUUCCUUACUGCCGAUGUAACGUUAAUGUACCUGAGCAGGUGUUCGAGAGCAGCGUAAACACGUGGGAGUAGACCAGGCUGUGUGUUCACGAGCUCUGUGUGAUGGUCAUAACGUACGUGUGAACGCUGUCACCUGAAAAUGAUUAACGUAACGACUAGGCAUGUGCCAAAAUUAAAGGAAUAAUCCAUGUGCCCCAUUUUCCACUUUACGCCAAAUUGUAGUCUCGCAGCCAAGACGACUACACUUGGGUUUACAGGGAAAAUGCAGAUUAGUAGUUUUGUUGUUGUUUUUUUCCUGAUCUAUCCCUUUAAAAUUUCCUAAGUAACUGUAGUUCAUUAUAUUUUUUCAUUUUAAAAAAAGUAGACUGAAAUGUGUAGAGCUGUUUAGCUUAGCUUAGCUAGUUCCUUAUACUAGCUCCUGAGCUUCAGUGGUUUAUAGAGAAUUUUCUGAUAUAAAGACUGACUAUUGGCACGUGCCUGGGGAUGAUGUGAAGUUUUAAUCCUGUUUUCUUUGUUAAUGCAUGCUAAUUGAGUCCUUUGCAGUGUGUGUGUGUGUGCACUAUUCUGUAAUGUUUAAACCAUGCCGCUGUAUGACUUGUGAAAGUGUCUUCAUCUGGUGGUCCAGUUUCUUCCUUAGGAUCAGCUGUUACCAUUUUAGAGUUUUAUUCCAGAACUUUCUAAUAAACUUGCUCACCGUUAUCUUGAAAUAAAGUUUUUUUUUUGUCGUGUGGAUUCAGAAA